AUGGUUUUCAAGUUGAAUAACCACUUGUUGUCUAGGAUAGCAAGCAGCAAUGGACAUGGGGAAGACUCCCCGUAUUUUGAUGGCUGGAAAGCUUAUGACAGUAAUCCCCAUCAUCUCACGGAGAAUCCAAAUGGGGUUAUCCAGAUGGGUCUAGCGGAGAAUCAGCUUUGCUAUGAUUUGAUUCAAGAAUGGCUCAAGAAAAACCCAAAAGCCUCCAUUUGCACUUCUGAAGGAUUAAAUGAGUUCAGAGAGAUAGCUAUCUUUCAGGACUAUCAUGGCUUGCAAGAAUUUAGAAAUGCUGUAGCAAAUUUCAUGACAAAAGUGAGAGGAAAUAACAAUAUUACAUUUGAUCCUGACCGCAUUGUUAUGAGCGGAGGAGCUACCGGAGCUCACGAAACAAUUGCCUUUUGCUUGGCAGAUCCCGGCGAGGCAUUUUUGGUUCCCACCCCAUACUAUCCGGGAUUUGAUCGAGAUUUGAGAUGGAGAACUGGAGUUAAACUCAUUCCAGUUGACUGUGAUAGCUCUAACAACUUCAAGGUUACAAGAGAAGCCUUGGAAAAUGCCUAUGAGAUGGCACAAUUAGACGACGUCAAAGUGAAGGGCUUGCUCAUUACCAAUCCCUCAAAUCCAUUGGGUACCAUCCUAGACAGGGAAACACUAAGAAGCAUUGUGAGCUUCAUCAAUGAAAGGAACAUUCAUUUAGUCUGUGAUGAGAUUUACGCAGCCACAGUUUUCAGCCAGCCUGAUUUCAUUAGCAUAGCAGAGAUAAUACAGGAUGAUAUUGAAUGCAAUCGUGACCUUGUACACAUUGUUUACAGUCUCUCAAAGGACAUGGGGUUCCCUGGCUUUAGGGUUGGCAUUAUCUAUUCUUACAAUGAUGCAGUAAUGAGCUGCGCCCGCAAGAUGUCAAGCUUCGGAUUGGUAUCCACACAAACUCAGUACCUGAUAGCAUCAAUGCUGUCGGAUAAUGAAUUUGUGGAGAAAUUCAUCAGGGAAAACAAAAGGAGAUUAGCAGCAAGGUAUAGAGUCUUCACUUAUGGACUUGGUCAAGUAGGCAUCAAGUGUUUGAAGACGAGUAAUGCUGGCCUGUUUUGUUGGAUGGAUUUGAGUGGACUCCUCAAAGAGAAGACGCUUAAAGCUGAAAUGGAACUGUGGCAAGUUAUAAUCCAUGAAGUCAAGCUCAAUGUUUCGCCAGGUUGUUCUUUUCAUUGCUUGGAGCCGGGGUGGUUUAGGGUUUGCUUUGCCAACAUGGAUGACCAGACCAUGCAAGUUGCUUUGUCAAGAAUUAGAACAUUUGUCAAUAAUAAGGUGGACAACAAGAAGCCCAAGAAGAACUUACGCUGGCAAGGCAGUCUUAAACUGAUCAACUCUCCUCGAAUAUACGAUGAUUUCAUCAAUUCUCCACACUCUCCUAUGCCUCAAUCACCCCUUGUUCGAGCAAGGACGUAG